AUGUGGUACGGCCGGGAAACCCGUCCGAAAGUCAAGAAGUCUCUCCGAUAUUUCAAGCGCGAACUCGACAAGGCCAAAAACGAGAGCGAUGGAGAGCUCUCAAUGCAUCGCGAGAAGAUUAUGGAAUUGGAGAGAGGGCCGCCCUACUGCUACGAGCAGGAGGUCGCCGCCUGUGGCUCUCUCACCAUCACCAAGCAACGACAGCUGCAACCAGUUAUUAACCGGAUCAGCCAGGUAACCGCAACGAGGCAAGCGUACCUAUGGUCACUCAGGGUCUCGAAUGCGAGUCUCGAAUUGCUUAAAGAGGGGAUGGGCAAUUCUCAUUACUGA